UGAGUUGCUGCAAUCACACUUUUACACGGCAUCCAGCAUGUGUAGGAAAAUUGAAGGCAACUGUGUAUCGUUUGUAGCUUGUACCGCCAGGAGUUUCAUUUGGAAAUUAUAUUAAAUUACACAAAUACAACGAUGGACACUUAAAUAUUCGUGUGACCGAAUGUCUAGCGAAAAUGGCGACCCCAGCGAUUCGCGUGUUUCACAGAUUAGAAGGACUGUUUUCUGUGUACAAACCUCCCGGGGUUCACUGGAGAGUCGUGCGGGACACCAUCGAGACAAAACUUCUAACAGACAUAAAUGCUGCCCCUCGACAGCCGUGUCCUCCGCUCAUCCGUCUACUCAAAGAGCCCAGCAAUGAUGGAGAAAAAAGAGUCACACUGACUGCAACCUCUGUCCCUGCCCUGUCCCACCACCAUCUGGUCACUGGUCCUGAAUUCCAACAUAUUGGAGUUGGCGUUGGACACCGUCUGGACCUGGCUUCUUCUGGGGUUCUCGUUCUCAGCGUUGGGAAGGCCAACAGGAUCCUGCCUGAGUUCUACAGCCCACCGGUCACCAGGGACUACACAUUAGAGGGCGUUUUUGGUACUGCAACCGAUGAUUUCUCUGACGUGGGCCGAGUUGUGGAGAGGUCCACCUACGAUCACAUCACACUGGACAAACUGAACAGUGUCCUGGCGAUGCUUCAAGGAGCCAAUCAGAAGGCUUUGUUAACCUAUUCAAAAGUAGACCUGCGCUCACAGGAAGCCUAUGAACUGGCUGCACUGGGUUUACUGGGCCCAGAGGGGAAGUCGGCGCCGAUUCUAACUGGUCUGCGCUGCAUCGACUUCCAACCUCCAAACUUCACCUUAGAGGUGCAGUGCAUAAAUGAAACGCAGAAAUAUCUGCGCAGAGUCGUGCACGAGAUCGGACUGGAGCUGCGCAGCACGGCAGCGUGCACGGGUGUGAGACGCACCAGGGACGGAGCCUUCACCCUGAGGCACGCCCUGGUACGGCAGCGCUGGACCGGCUCUGACGUCAGGUCUGCCAUUCAAGAAUACCGCGCUCUGGAGAAGAAGAGUAAACGGAAUCAGUCGCCGAUGAAAAAGAACGAUUUCCGGUCAGUGGAAGAGAAGAGAGAAACUGUGAGUCAACGACAUGGAAGCAGUGAGAUAACAGUGGCAGCAGGAGGUGAAUGAUGAAGGUCAUGACCCUAAUUAUUAACUGUAAAUAUUUAUAACUUAAACUCACUAAAUUAAAGUGCUUUUUAUGUGACAGAC